CCCAUUUCCUAUCCUUAAAAAGAAACAUAAAUAACAAUAAAAAUGAGCUCCUUCGCCACUAACUCUCCGCCACCGUAUCUCCUCCUCCGGCCGAAUUACCGUCGCCGUAUAAACCCACCAUUCUCCGUAGUAUGCUGUGCCGGAGAAUCCCAACAAGAUAUCUUCACUCGCCGGAGAACCCUGCUGACUUCGCUUAUAACAUUCACCACCAUUGGCGGCGGCGCCGUCACGUCAUCAGCGUUAGCACAGGAGAAAUGGGGGACGAGGUCAUUCAUAAAAGAGAAAUAUUUUAUGCCGGGGCUAUCGCCUGAGGAUGCGGCAGCGCGUAUAAAACAGACGGCUGAAGGAUUGAGAGACAUGAGGGAGAUGUUGGACCACAUGUCGUGGAGGUACGUUAUAUUCUACAUAAGAUUGAAACAGGCUUAUCUGUCUCAGGAUCUAACCAACGCCAUGAACAUCUUGCCGGAGAGUCGCCGGAAUGAUUACGUUCAGGCGGCAAACCAGCUAGUCGAAAACAUGAGUGAGUUGGAUUUUUACGUACGGACGCCAAAGGUGUAUGAGUCGUAUCUCUACUACGAGAAGACAUUGAAGUCGAUAGACAACGUGGUGGAGCUUCUUGCUUAACUCAGUUGUAUUAUUAGUUUGCAUAUAUCUAUCUCUUCACAAGAAAUUUCUGAAAUCAUUAUAGUACAUUAAAUUGGAUAUAAAGUUAAAGACAUUGAGUCA